CCGUAAAUGAUUGCUGAAUGAACAGUACUGUCUACCUAGACUCACUUUGCUUCCAGAGCCCAUCCGUUGUACUGCUUGCCCAGUUGCUUCAGUCGUCAUUGAUCCUUCGUACAACUAGAGAGACACCUGAAUCGCAAUGACGUCGAUAGGAACAGGUUAUGAUCUGUCCAAUUCUGUUUUCUCUCCUGACGGUCGAAACUUCCAAGUCGAAUACGCGGUCAAAGCAGUGGAAAACGGCAAUACUUGCAUUGGAAUAAGAACAAAACAUGGAGUCGUCCUUGCUUGCGAGAAGAUCAUCAGCUCAAAGCUCCUCAAACCGGGAUGCAACAAGAGAAUAUCAACAGUAGACCGCGGUGCAGGUGUUGUCUGCUCAGGCUUACUGCCGGAUGGCCGACAUCUCAUCAGCAGGGCAAGAGACGAGGCUAGCAGUUGGCGGCAAACAUACAAAGGUCCAAUCCCCAUCAAUGCUCUGGCAUCCAGAAUGGGAGGUUACGUCCAAGCCUACACACUCUACUCCUCCGUGCGGCCCUUUGGUGUCACUGCGAUAUUAGGUGGUUGGGACUCGGAAGCUGAGCUCGGUGUUGACGGCCAGGUCGGCUUAGGACCAAAGUCUGGCGCAGGAGGAAAGUUUGAAGAGGAGGCCGUCAAGAGAGGUGGUCCUGGUCUAUACAUGAUCGAGCCCAGCGGGCUGUACUGGGGCUACUACGGUGCCGCGACCGGCAAAGGACGACAAGCCGCAAAGGCUGAGUUAGAAAAGCUGGACUUAGGCUCACCAACCUGCUCCCUCACUCUGAAAGAUGCUGUCAUGGAGGCUGCGAGAAUCAUCUAUGUUGCUCACGAGGAUUCGAAAGACAAGGAAUUCGAAUUGGAAAUGACCUGGAUCUCAACCUUGGAUGGUCCCACAAAAGGUCGACAUCAACAUGUGCCACAGGAUCUAUUAGAGGAAGCGGAAAAGGCGGCAAAGAAGAGUCUGGAAGGUGAUGAUGAAGAUGAGGACGAAGAGGGUGCCAUGCAGGAGUAAUAAGCUUGCAUACUUUCAAGAGUACUGUAGCACUACUGGCGUUCCAACAUGGUAAAUAGGUCUGGCAUUCACGCGCGAAGCAGGCUCAAAACUCGAGACGGGCAUCCAUAAGGUUCUUUUCUUUGAGCCGGAUGCAAUUCGCAGCAUGAAUAAAAUUGCAUCGAGUGAGCUGUCCCCCGAUUCGGAUAUCCUAUGGAAGUCGAGCGGCAAUGACUUCUCUAUGUCCAUCACGAACCUGCAAUCUUGCC